GUGGCAGCAGCGCGCCACCUGCGCCGGACGUCGAGGAAGAACCUGCUAAACUGGGAGCUGGUGGUGACCAUUUUAUUUACACUUCACGGCUUGCUAGGUUAUUUUCUUGUGCUGUCGCGAUUGUUUUUUUUUAGCAGCAUAGAAGUACAACACUGGGUCAUCAGAGAUGAGCAGUUCAGAGGAAGUGUCUUGGAUCUCCUGGUUCUGUGGAUUAAGAGGGAAUGAGUUUUUCUGUGAGGUGGAUGAAGACUAUAUCCAGGACAAGUUCAACUUGACCGGGCUUAAUGAGCAAGUCCCCCACUACCGUCAGGCUCUCGACAUGAUCCUGGACCUUGAACCAGAUGAGGAGCUGGAGGACAAUCCCAACCAGAGCGACCUGAUCGAGCAGGCGGCCGAGAUGCUGUACGGCCUCAUCCAUGCACGUUACAUCCUCACGAACCGAGGCAUCGCGCAGAUGUUGGAAAAAUAUCAGCAAGGUGAUUUUGGCUACUGUCCUCGUGUCUAUUGUGAGAAUCAGCCUAUGCUUCCCAUUGGCCUCUCAGACAUCCCAGGAGAGGCCAUGGUGAAACUCUACUGCCCUAAAUGUAUGGACGUCUACACACCCAAGUCCUCCAGGCACCACCACACAGAUGGAGCCUACUUCGGCACCGGUUUCCCCCACAUGCUGUUCAUGGUUCACCCGGAGUACAGGCCCAAGAGACCUGCCAAUCAGUUCGUCCCGAGGCUGUACGGUUUCAAGAUCCACCCCAUGGCUUACCAGCUGCAGUUGCAAGCAGCCUCCAGCUUCAAGAGUCCUGUCAAGGCCAUCCGCUAGAACAAGAACGAGAAUAUUGUCAAAAGGGGGGUGGGAAGUAAAUAAUACAGUCUUCAGCGUGGCACUUGGGAAAUACACAGGUGACCCCCUCUCCGCCCGCCCUAAAGACAAUGUCACAUUGAUUUAGAAUAGAGGUAAAAUGUAAAAAAAAAAAUAAUAAUUCUGAGGGGGUGAGCUAGACAUCCAAACCCACAGCCAUAGUCUUCAUACAUGUGUUCACAUUUACACACACACACACCAUAUUUACAAGUGCCCAAAGAAUGGGUCAUUUUAAGCCUACACCCUUUUCCCCACUUUAAAAAUGGCUGCCAACAGUUUGGAUGUACCUAAUGGAUGUUUUUGUUCUAUAGUGUCAGAAACAGAGAAAUCAAACACAAUAUUUAUGGAAGACUUCCUGACACCCCAUCCCUCGUUCAUCUUCUCAUGCUGUGUUUCUUGACUUUUUUUUAAUAGUCAUAAUCAUUAAAAAUCCACCCCCGGCCA